AUGGCGUCGGCCUUGGUUAAACUAACUUUUUUCUUUGGUCCAAGAUACGGGGUCGUGGAAGAUGGCCACAACUACCGUGACCGGUCAUGGGCGACAUGCCUCGAUGCGACAAACCGAGUUGCAAGUGCCCCCGAAUACAUCCGUCUCCCAGCCGACGAGCAGCCCUACAGACAAGUUCCCCCCUACGAGGACACGUUUGACGCAGGGCCGAGCCGACCAAACCAGGGCGCUUCCGUGAAAUACGCCCCAAAUGAGCUCUGGGAGCCCCGAAAGGCGGGUUUUUACUCGCAUGCGAAUGGUUCUGUGAGAUCUUCAAAACAUCGACCACGGAAGAGCAUCAGCGAUGCCAUUACCACGAUCCGAACGCGCAACGGCAGCGUAAGUGCCAAUGCACAAGAGCUGGCGCAAGCCCUCAGCGCGCCAGUAUCAUAUAAACUCAUUGCUCUCUGCCUUAUUUGGUACCUGACCUCCGCCCUCACCAACACAUCCUCAAAAUCAAUCCUGAAUGCUCUACCGAUGCCCAUCACUUUGACUAUUAUUCAAUUCGCAUUUGUUUCUUUCUGGUGUCUGUUGCUGGUGUACUUGGCCACGAUAAGUCCUUGGUUGCGGCGAAGCGUCCCGGUCCUCCAACAUGGAAUUCGCUAUCCAUCGCGAGAUGUGAUUUCAACUGCUUUGCCUCUGGCAGUUUUCCAACUCGCCGGCCACAUUCUCAGCUCCAUGGCUACCUCACAAAUCCCCGUAUCUCUGGUCCACACGAUCAAAGGCCUCUCGCCUCUCUUUACCGUCCUGGCAUACCGUGUGUUUUUCCGCAUUCGAUACGCUCGGGCUACCUACUUAUCGCUGGUCCCUUUGACCGUUGGUGUCAUGCUUGCAUGCUCCACCGGGCUCUCCACCAAUCUCUUUGGAAUUCUCUGCGCACUUUGCGCGGCUCUCAUCUUUGUUUCCCAGAACAUCUUCUCUAAAAAGCUUUUCAACGAGGCAGAUCGCAUCGAAGCCGAGACACAACACCUGGGGCGGCAGAAGCUGGACAAACUCAACCUGCUCUGCUACUGUUCCGGGCUGGCUUUUUUUCUCACCCUGCCGAUCUGGUUUUUCAGCGAAGGCUACCCCCUGGUAUCUGAUUUUGUCAAUGACGGCGUCAUCUCCCUGUCAGGCAAGCAGGGAUCCUUGGACCAUGGCGCCCUUCUCGUCGAAUUCGUGUUUAAUGGGGUGUCGCAUUUUGCACAGAACAUCCUGGCAUUUGUUUUGCUGUCGAUGAUCUCUCCAGUGUCCUACUCUGUCGCGUCGUUGGUUAAGCGGGUGUUUGUUAUUGUCGUAGCCAUUGUGUGGUUUGGCAGUUCGACUACUACGAUCCAAGCCGUUGGGAUUGCUCUCACCUUUGUGGGGCUCUAUCUCUACGAUCGCAAUAGCCAUGACGAUGUGGCCGACCAAAGGGCCAACGCAGAUCACUUCCGAGCCCGCCAGGCCAUUCUCCCCAUGAGCACGCGGUAUUCCAGUAAGCUCCGGGCAUUUAAUGGCUACGCCUUCCCUGGAAGACCCUUUGAGAGCUCAAUACCUCACCACUCGCCCACUGUGCCAAACGAUUCCAAAAAGGAAGACGAUGGUCCGGGGCGUGUUCGAUCCAGGGGCGCCAGUGUUACUCGGACAUGGUUACCGGGGACGAAGCAAGAAUCGACCUGGCAAGCCAGCGAUUCCCAGGCCGCAGCUUAA